AUGCUUGAUCCUUUAGAGGUUCACAUGCUCGACUUUCCUAAUAUCUCUAUUCGUCCAUCGGAACUCCAACUUCCUUUCCAAGAUGCAAUGAAGAUUGAAAAGCUGGCAGACACCAUUCUCAAGGCCACAGAGCCUAAGAUGUUGUUGUACAAUCUGUACGACGAUUGGCUGAUAGACAACAAGACCGAGCCAGGAACAGCCUUUUCAAGACUGAUUCUUAUUCUCAGAGCACUUCACGUUAACCAAGAAAAGGCUAAACUCAUUCUUCGACCGGAUAGAAGCGUUCUUACGGAAGAACAUCAUCUGUGGCCAUCGUUUACAACUGAGCAGUGGAUUAAUGUCGAAAACCAACUCAGCGAUCUUAUUCUCAACGACUACGGAAAGAAGAAUAACGUCAAUGUUGCUUCAUUGACUCAACACGAAAUUCGAGACCUGAUUCUCGGUCAGGAAAUCAAAGCUCCUUCAUUGAAACGUCAAGAAAUGGCCGAUAUCGACCAGCAACGUCAAGACCAACAAUCUCAACUUACUGCUCUUAAAACCAAGACUCAAAAUGUGCAUGGAGACGAGAUGGUGGUUGUCACUACCAGUAAUUAUGAACAGGAAAGCUUCUCAUCCAAGACAGACUGGCGUAAUCGUGCUAUUGCAAGCACCAGCAUCAAUCUCCGAACAAAGCAUAUCUAUGUUUCAUCAGAAGAUAUUCGUGAUGAUUCUCAGAAUUAUACUUAUAUUCUGCCCAAGAAUAUUCUGAAAAAGUUUACCCAAAUUUCCGAUCUUCGUGCUCAAGUCGGCGGUUUCUUAUACGGCGUGUCUCCUCCAGAUAACCCACAAAUCAAGGAAAUCCGGGUCAUUGCUCUUGUCCCUCAAGUCGGUAAUGCCAACUCGGUACAGCUGCCUCUUAAGCUUCCUUCCACUGGUGGUUCUGAGCCUCUUUUGAAGGGCCUUGAGCCACUUGGAUGGAUUCAUACCCAAGCUCAAGAGACUCCUGUGUUGAGUGCCAUUGAUGUAACCACUCAAGCAAAGAUUAUGGAUGCCAACUCUGGGGCUGCUGGUGGCUGGGAUUCAAAUGCUAUUACUAUGACUGUUUCAUUUACUCCUGGUUCAGUCACCCUGUCUGCCUUUUCACUCAAGCCUGAAGGGUAUGAAUGGGGCAGCCGUAAUAGAGACAUCGCUGCAAUCAAUCCCCUCGGUUACUCCACGAAGUUUGGCGAGAAAUGCCAGCUUCUUUUGUCGGAUAGAAUCAACGGCUACUUCUUGGUCCCUGAAGACAGCGUCUGGAAUUAUGCCUUCAUGGGAGCUGCUUGGAGUGCCAACGCCGCUUAUGAACUCAAGAUUGACGUUCCUCUUCCAUACUACCACGAACUUCACAGACCUAUCCACUUCACAUCUUUUAACGACCUUGAGGACAACGUCAUCGAGCUCGAUAAACAGGACGUAUUUGCAUAA